AUGUCGGCCCUUCCGCACAUUCAGAAAGAGUUUCGCAACCUCACCAAGGACCCACCUGCGGGUUUCCGGGUGGAACUAAAAGACAACAGCUUCUUCACGUGGAUUGUAUGGUUCACCGGCCCGGAGGGAACCCCUUACGCUGGUGGGCAGUACAAAGCAUCGCUGACGUUCCCGAAGGAGUUUCCGAUGGAGCCGCCUACUUUCCGAGUCCUCUCGUCCUUUUGGCACCCGAAUGUGUACGCCGAUGGGCGGGUGUGCAUUUCCAUACUGCACCCCCCAGGCGUGGAUGAGAUGAACUCGGAGGAAACCGCGAUGAUGCGCUGGACACCGGUGCAGACCAUCCGCUCCGUCUUACUCUCCAUCGUCUCCCUUUGGAGCGACCCCGAUCCGUCCGACGCCGGCGCCCCGGCCAACGUGGAUGCCCUUGUGCAGUACCGCAACAAGCGUGCCGAGUUUGAUGCAAAGUGCAAGAGUCUAGCAGAGAAGUCUCUCACAGAGCUCCCGGAAGACUUUGAACCGCCAUGCAUGGAAGAGAAGGUGGAGGUAACUAAGGCAUCGGGUGACAACUUUGACUAUAUGCUCUCCGAAGCGGAUCUUGAGGAUGAGGAAGACUUCGACGAUUUUAGCGCCUCUGCUCCUGCCGCGUCCGCGAGCGCUGGCGCUGCCGCCUCGAGCGAUCCAGCAAAGAAGUAUGCGGUGGAAUUGAUGCAGCUCCGAGCGAUGGGAGUGGGUGAGGGCAAAUCUGACGCUGACAUGCUGAAUCUGCUAAUCAAAUACCGUGGAGAGCUGGCCAGUGUCAUUGCAGACCUAUCAUGA